AUGGAGAUUGACCGCAGUAUUGAUGCCUACUACUCCUCGUCACGGCGCUCAAUGCAGUCAAGUGACAGGUCCAAGAUGAUCAACAUGACAGCAGUGAUCACCGGCAUCAUUGAGGAUGGCUCACUGAGCGCUAUCAGAUCUGUCGCUUGCGGCACGAACGUUGUUGUUACGGAAACAUCUGCUCAGUCGUUGAAGUCCGCCAUCAUCAAGAACAUUGUCGAGUACUUUUCCACCCACGGAUACAGUGAUGAAUCUCGACAACAUAUGCCAUAA